UCUUGUUUGAUGAAGUUUAUUCGUGCUCAAAGCAAAUCUUUAGCAUUCCUUUGGAUUCCAAACUCAAGUUUGGCCCAUCAUCAUGCUUGAAAACCUAUACUCCUCAUUUCAUAGCCUCUCCUUAUUUUGAAAGCCUGCGGGUGUCUGGACCAGAUUUUUUUGCUUCUGCUAAGAGUUCUGCUGAUGAGCUAUUUAGUGAACAAAAGUGUGAAUUCAGCGAGGUAGUACAUGAGUAUGGAAACGAGAUGAUGGAGUUGCAGCAAGACUGUACAGAUCACAGAAUCAGUCAUGACACUCCACAGAUUCAUUAUGGCUUAAUGAAUGUACAGCAGAGUGUUAGACCUGCAUUCUGUGGCAAACAAAUGAAAAGAAAGUUGAUGCAUGUGAUGGGGUUAGUCAGAAAAGAGAAGCAGUUGAUGCCAACUGAUGGUCCUUUGCAUCACAAGUCUAUCCAUGACUCAAAAGGCUUGGGAAAACAGAGCAAAGAAACAGCUGCGGACAGUAACAAAGGAAACUCACCUGACAAAGUCUCCUCUGACUUUGGAGGAAUGUCCGAGUCUUCCAUGGAUGUCAAGAGGAAGCACCAGGUGGACAAGGUGAAUGAAUUUGAUCCCGUUGUUAUAGAUGAAGCUGCUUCAAUCAGUGAAAGUGGCCCAACAAACUGACAUUUGUCUACGGUUAAGCAUGCCAAGAGAAACGAACAUGACGUAUAUGUGAGCCUAGGUUGCAAAUCUCUGAAUAAAAAACUGGAAAUGCUAAUUUUUUGAGGAAGCAGAUGGUAAGGGAACUUGGGUUUGCUAAAUGAUACCUAUGGAAAAUUUUAUUUAAAUUCGAUCUUUUCAUGAAAAAUAAAUAAAUAAAAUAUAGCUUUUAUUUUAGAUCUGAAUUUAGGAAGAAUUUUCAAAAACCAAUAUUAAAUUAAUUAAUUGCGCCUUUACUGUAAUCAAGCUGUGGGCUUGCGGGGCACUCUUUUGAUGAUUACUAUGAAAAGUAAUUCUUUAAAAAAAUUCCACAUGCUAAUGAUAAUGUCUACUUGUUUUCUUACAUUUUUUAAGAAUAUCAAAGUGUGU